UUAGAUUAUUGACAGAUUCUAUGCUAAUAGUUGAGGAGCCUGGUAGUGGAUUUUCUUAUGGCGAAACGUGACAGCUGUCGAGUUGUUCGCGAUUUAAUCGUGAUUUGUAAGAUGUAUUAGAAACAGGAAUUAUUAUUUUGCUUGCUAAAGAGGAUGUAAGCGUCAUCAGGAUACUCUCAGGUAUUGGAUUAUAAGUGACAGUAAGUGAGAAUGUUUGAGGGCGUUGUGUCGUACCUUCUCAACAAGGUUCUCGGGAAGUAUGUACAGAACCUGGAUGCGGCCAACCUCCGUGUCAGCAUCUUCAGUGGAGAUGUAGAAUUGCGGGACCUGAAGCUGAAGACAGAGGCCUUGGCUGAGCUAAAACUUCCAAUUGAAGUUAAGGCAGGAUAUAUAGGUUACAUCAAGGUUGACAUACCAUGGACAGGCCUGUUCUCAUCGAGUGUCAUUGUUAAUGUUGAGGAUGUAUACUUGUUGGCUGGACCGAUCAGCGACCGUGUGUACAACCCAGAACAGGAACGCGCCCUGCAGAAUGCCAUCAAGAGGGAGAUACUGGACUCCCUGGAACUAUCAAAACCUGCUGGUCCCUCUAUGAGUGAAGACCCUGGUUUCCUUGAGAAGAUGUACACAUAUGCAAUCAACAACAUGCAAGUGUCUGUGGGGCGUGUCCACCUGCGCUACGAGGACACGAUCACCAACCCUGACCACCCGUUUGCCUGCGGAGUCAUGCUGAAACACAUCUCUGCUUACACCACGGACUCCAAGUGGCUGCCAGCACAGAUGGACAAUGCUGCCACCAUUAUACACAAGCUGUUGGAGAUGCGUGAGUUGUCAGUGUACUGGAACCCCUACAUCCCCGAGCAGCACCUUGUACGCACCCGAACAAACACUGAUGGCUGGAGGAAUAUGUUGAUGCAGGCCAUUCUAAAUCACAGAAUUAUGGAGGAGGACUUUGAUUUCAUUGUUGAGCCGGUGUCUGCAGAGGUUCGUCUUAUCAUCAGCCAGGACAACAACCUUGCCAUCCCAAAACUCUUCACAGACGUCACCUUGGAGGACAUUGAAAUCUUGUUGUCCAGGCAACAGUUCCUGAACAUUCUGAGCCUGAAGGACUCGUUCCAGAUGAUGUCUGUGAACCAGAAGUAUCGAAAGUACCACCCAAAUGUGCCGCUCAAGAUCAGCCCGCGCUCCUGGUGGGUGUAUGCAUACACAGCUGUUGUUGAGGAGAGGAUCAGGCCGUACUCCUUUGAGAGGAUCAAAGCCCACAGAGAGAAAUACAGAGAGUACAAGAACCUGUACAGCAAGUAUCUGAGUAACCGAGAUGAUAAAGACAUCACUGAAAGGCUUGCAGAGCUAGAGGGAGGUCUGGAUGUGGCCAACAUUGUCAUGGCCAGGGAACAAGCCAAGGAAGAGUUUGCCCCAGAGAAGAUAGUGAAGAAGAAGAAGCCAAGCGGCUGGUUUUCCUGGCUUAGCAAAGACGAGGAGGAGGAAGAGGUGGAUAUUGACCUUGAAACCACACCUACAAGUUGGAUGUCCAAGCUGUCAGAGGAGGAGAAAGCAGAGCUUUACCGAGGUAUCGGGUAUGAUGAAAAUGCCAACAUCAAGAAAGCACAUCAGUACAAGGUACAAGUGAACCUGAAGAGCUGCUGUCUGUCUCUCGUAAACUACAGCAAGAAGAUCCUGCAGAUGACUGUAACACAGAUGCUCGCUUCAUUGGAGACACGCCCUGGGAACAACGCUUACAGAUUGUCCUGUAACACAGAGAGUUUCACUGUUGAGGGUGCCUCCAUUGAACAUGAACUGAUUCCAAUCGUCACUUCAGAUGUCAAUGUCUAUGCCCCGUCAGUGAACCAGGUGUUCACUCUAGACUUUGAGUCCCAGCCUCAGUAUGUGGAGGCUGACUUCUCCCUCAAAAUGAACGUACAGCCUGUAGAAGUGGUCUAUGAUGAGCACUCUGUGUGUGAGGUACGGGCAUUCUUCCAGCUGCCGACACGGACCCUGGACAUGCGGGCAGUUGCCAUGGAAACAGUCCAGGGUGUGGCCAACAUCAGUCAGGCGGGGCUUAUCUAUGCCAUACAGAAACACAAGACUGUGCAUCUAGCAGUCCAGAUGAAGUCACCAUAUGUAGUGAUUCCUGAGUUUGGCACCCUACACAGGGGAGGGAAUGUGCUGAUAGCAGACCUGGGAAUGCUACAGAUAAAAAGUGAACUACAACCUAAAGAUGCCGCCUUGGAGUACGGUAACCUGUCAGAGUCAGAGAUAGCGGCCCAUCUGUAUGACCAGUUCACAGUGAAUAUUACCAACGUCAAGGUUCUCCUCGCAGACUCUGGUGAUGACUGGCACACUGCCCAGAUCCAGCCCACCUCCAAGUAUCACAUCCUGCCUAGCAUGAAGCUCACUGUGGACUUUUACAACUCUGUCAAACCAAGCUACAAACAACUGCCACAACAAAAGGUGAUAACAACCUUGCCCACAUUUGAGGUGAGCAUCUCCGACCACAAGCUGCUGGUAUUGUGGAAAUUCUACAACAACUUCACAGUGACGUCCAGCGCCAGCAUGCACCACCUUGGGGAUGACAUGGUGGACGGGGCACCUGCCACUGACCUCUACACACUGUGCACUAAAACCACUAUGGUAUCCUCAAAGGAACGAAAAGACCCCAAUGAGCUCCAGCUGGAUCCAAACAUGGCCACACUGAGGUCCAUGAAGCAGAGCAUUCUGGGACGCAGGGUAGUUGACAAGUCAAAACGCAAGCCCAAAUUACCUAGAUUAGUCUCUGAUGAGGUAGACAUUCCAUAUGAUGAUGAACAAGAGGAAACAAAGACCUUGCUGCAAAAAUAUGAGGAAGUGAAACCAGUAGACGACAUAUCAUCACACCACAACACAGCAAACAUUGUGGUGCGCGUAAUUGUUCGCGAGGUGGUUAUUCACUUGUCCAAGGUCCUGGAUGGAGAGGAGAAUCCUUACCUCAUGUUCCGGGCUGACCGACUCCGCCUGGACGCUGCGAUGACAGAGUAUGGGCUGUGUGGGCAUGCCAGUCUUGGGGCUAUUCAACUGGUUGACAAGAUCCAUGUUGGAACAUCUGGGGCAUAUAUGGAACUUAUGAGUACCAAACCUGGCACAGACCUUGUCUCUAUUCUCUAUAGACAGGUGUCUCCAGACUGCCCAGAUUUCUCCAGCACAUACAGCAGUGUAAGGCAGGCUGUGAGGUUGCAGUUUGAGACACUCAAUGUGCUGGUGGACCAGGGGGCCUUCAUGCACCUCCGCACCUACCUCGAGGGCAUCACAUCCAGUAUGCAGACUGCAGACAUGAUGCGCAGUAGCAGCACAGCAGCCUCCUCAAGCAUUACCACGGCAACAGAUGCCCCUGGGAAAAACAACAAACAGGCAGACAGUCCAGUUGAUGAAACUGUAGAUGAAAGGGGGACUGUACAGUGGAAUAUUCUGUUUGACCUUCAUGAUGUGUGUGUGACCUUGGCUGACAACAACAGCAAGAUUGCAGAAAUACAUAUCAAAGAUCUGCGAGGUCACGGGCUCCAGCGUAGAGAGAAGCUUGUAUUACUGGGCAGCCUCAAGGACAUUGAUGUGAAGGACUGCUCACAUGGUGCUCUGUAUCGUGAUAUAUUGAUGUUGGAGGACAGAGAUGGACACCUUUGUGAAUUCUCAUUCGUACAGUACAGUCACACAGACAGCCUGCCAAGUGACAACAGGCGGAGUCCCCAGCCCCACAACUACACCCUUACCCUACGUGUCGGACAUGUGCAGUUGGUCGCCCUUGGAAAGUUUUACUGGGAAAUCAUGAGGUUUACAGAGCCUCUAGUGAGCCCAGAGGUGAAGGACACAGCAGCAGUUGCCCUCAUGUCUGUCUCCAAACAGGUUGGAACUUUCCACGAAGAGAACAGAAGAUUUGGUUUAAAUGUUACCAUGGUGACCCCUACAAUUCUGAUCCCCAUAAAGUCAGACUCCCCAGACUUGUUGAUCCUGAAGUCAGGUGACCUGCAUGUACAGAAUGAGUUUGACUUCACUGAUGUAGGGCAGGGGCUGAAACAGGAGUGGAACCAUGUCUAUGUCUCCCUCUCUCGUGUGCAGCUCAGCAGGGCGGAACUUUCCCGCGCAGAUGAAACAUUUAACAUUGUGAGCCACAUUCUGGAGCCGAUGACUUUCCAGACAGAUGUACGCAUUGCUCUUGAGCCAGAGAUGGCGGAUGUACAGACAGACAUGACUUGUAGCCUGGGGAAGGUGCGCUGCUCCAUGACAUGUAGAGACUUACAGGUCAUCAUGGCAACAUUGCAGGUCAACUGGGCUGAGGGGGCAAUGGCAAUUGACCCAGAGCCCACCAGAAGAAUGCCCCUUGUAAGCCAGUCCAGUCUGGAGUCGGGCACUGUUGUCAUGGCUUCAUCAACAACAAACAAGAAGACGGCCACCUCUGUGCUGUUCACUCUGGAGGGAAUGGAGCUUUGUUUGACACAAGACACAAAGGAGGGUGAGAAUGCAGACCUGUCUCGGUUGUUAAUGGGAAAGAUCAGCGGUACAGCCAGUCUCCAUGGUGAUGGGGAAACCAAGGUCACGGUUGCCCUGGAAACACUCGCAGUCAUCAACACAAAACCUAACACAACGCUGGUCGAGAAAAGAGUGCUGUACUAUAACAAGUCUCGGGUGGACAUUGACGGUGACCUUGACCGACCCCUGGUGUCCAUCAUAUACAAGGUUAGCGGGGAUGGUAACCAGAAAGCUGACAUAAUGAUGGAGAAGGUGACCAUCAACAUUCAGAUCCCAUAUAUCCUGGAGUUGUCUGACUUUUUCACCUGUGCACUUACCUCCCCUGUCAGCCCAGCCCCACCGCAGGACAGCCUCAUCCCAGGUCCCCUCCCUGCACUUGUGGUGGAUGGGGGCCCGGUUAUGACAGUGUAUUGCUCCGUGAAGCAGCCUGAGUUGGUCAUCCUGGCAGAUCCAGGCAGCAACAGCAGCAGGAUCAUCGUCAUAAAUGCAGAUAUUACGUUUGACUUCACGUCGAGUGCAGUAGAGCAGAGGCUUUCUUCCAAAGUGAGCAUGCUACAGAUGUUCUCCAGUAUCUAUGGAAAAGCAAGUGAACACAAGUCUAAGAUGUUGUCUCCGUGUGAGAUGGAGUUUUCCCGAGAAUACAAUGUGACCAACAACAAGCUGGAUAUGGCAGUCAAGAUGAAGAAAAUCUAUGUGCACUUUACCCCACCCAACAUCCGACUGCUGCGUGAUGUAAUAGAGAUUCUACAACAGUCCUUUGCUCAGUCAUCUGAGUCUUUGUCUGAAGACACAACAGUGCCGGAAGUGAAAGACAUGUGGAAGAUUAAGCCCAUCACACCCGAAAAGUGGAUUGAGAAAUACAAUGAUGGUGAGAGUGUGGCCCCGAUGUUUGGCCCUGCAGAGGCCCCAAUAGAGACUAUGACUGUUGAUGUAGAGGAAGUGUGUGCCUUCUUCGAGGUGGAGAAUCUUGACCAGACUGCACCCCUUCUCUGCGUACGAACCUCCAUUGACAUGAAGCUCACAAACUGGACAAAACAGAUGAGGAUGCUGACAGACCUGGAGCUGGAUGUGUGCUACUAUAACGAGAGGCUGAGUGUGUGGGAGCCCCUUAUAGAGCCCAACAUGGUCCAGGAGGGUAAUUACGAGCCCUGGGCGCUCAAAAUACAGAUGUUCCAAGCCCAGAGUUUCCCGAUUGUGUGUAGCUAUGACGAUGACGGAUUGGACAUGCCAGACGGAAUCCAGGCGGAUGUACAGAACCUGAUCAGCAGGAGUCAGUUCCGCUCCAGCAGCAGCGACAAUGAUGCAGACGAAGAACUUGACUCGCCCAAUGAAAUGACAAUCCUGAGACCUAAAAUUACCCGCAGGAAAAUGAGGAUUGCCAGUGAUAAGAGCUAUGAAUCGCUUAGCCGCCAUAGUAGUGUACAAGGUGAAUCUGACUCAGAAAACGAGAGCCUUAUUCACACAAUCACUAGCAAACUGGGUAGCAUUUUCAACACUGACAGCAGUGAGGAUGCUGAUGUUAGCGAGACCGAUGAUAAUGAUGACUCCGUAGACUGGACACUUGAUAAACCCAUCUUUCUAACGCCACAGGGACCAGUCAAGUUUCGGACUGGCCCGGAGCACUAUGACGAUGUGGAUGGAGGGUUGGUUACCAUGGAGACAGAGGGUGAGGAGGUGUCUCCCGGCAGCAUGUGCACUUACAUGGUCCUAUCGUCCCCAGACAAACUUCUACUCAAUGUUACACCACCUGCCAUCAAUGUAAUACAUGACGUUAUGCAGGCCCUUGACAAGACCCAACCAGAGGGUCUGAUGGAUAUCAGAAAACUUCCAGCCUUUGAAAUGUUUAACAAGACUGGACUGGAUGCUGAUAUUGUUGUCCAUAAAAGUGUCAAGGUGCACAGUGACUAUGUACACAUGUGUCAAGUGUGUCACCCUGGCGAUAUGAGAUUGUCGGCCCCACCAACUGAUGACAUCAUCACUGAGGAGCCAGAGGAGGAAGAGGAAGAUGAUGUUGAUGGAGCCUCACUCAGCAGUCAGAAGCGCCCCCUUACAUUUGUGACGCAGACUUUGGCUGAUGCCGGGCACACAUUGGUCAGUGCGGGGGCAUUCGUGUUUGAUGAUGAUGUCUUGUUUGGCACCCAGAUAGACAAGGAUAGCAUUCAGAUUCAGGUCAGUGGGUUUGAACCGACAUCCAGUCUGUUGAUGAACCGUGCCUGCAGACGACUGGUCAGCCUCAACCCAAAGCAGGAGGAACUAGAUAAUGGUUGUCGCUACUGGGUGGUGUUUGAUGUUGACUGUCUCCAUAGUCACCGCACCGUAACCUUCCAGUCUCCACUCCAGGUGUGGAACAGCCUAACGACAGCGGUGGAUGUGCUGGUUCGUGUUGCUGACCUCUCCAGAUUCCCAGUGUCCAACCUCCGCCCUAUCCCUGGGGACGAGUUUGUCAAACUGGGGACUGUUGCUCCCGACGAUGUCUUCCCUGUCCCUCUCUUCCCAGCAUUCCAUUGUGCGCUAUUUAUAGCACCUUCUGAACUCUCAUAUGAGAACACGAGCUCUAUUUGGUGGCAAGACUUGGUUCAUACCAAAGACAGACAGACGUACCUGUCCUGUCAGUCAACUACAGGCGAUAAACCGUUCAACAUCAGGGUUUGUCUGGAGGAAGGUGAACCCCUGAGGCCGCCCCAGAUGUUGACCCGGACAGUGCCCUACUAUACCCUCAGUCUUCUGCCCCCUGUAGUGCUUCACAACCAUCUACCAUAUGACCUGCAGUUUUCACUCGAGAGUAGUGAGAACUCGAUCAGUCUCACACACGGAGAAAACACCCCACUGUACAAUGUCAACAUGAACCAGACGUACAAGCUCAACCUCUUUGUGUCUGACUACAUGACAUGUGACUGGCGGGGUACACUGGACAUCACCCGGGAGAUGGAAGAGUUCAAGGCCGUCUCCAUGGAUACCGACCUUGACCCUGACAACAACAACAAGCACCUGUCACUGGGUAUCCACUGUGCAGUGAACAAGACCUGGAACCUCUACAUAUACUCACCGUACUGGAUUGUCAACAAGACAGACCUGUCAUUCCAAAUAAGGGGUUCAAUGUCAGAUGUUGCCUUGGAGUGUCAGCCAUCUGGCUAUCCACAACUAUUUAGAUACAAGAAAAAUAAGCGGAAAAAGGCAAAACUCCGUGUUUACGAGUCAAACUGGUCUCACGCAUUUUCCCUAGACACUGUCGGCAACUCUGGGGUCGUUGAGUGUCUUGUUGCCCAGAGACACAGAAAAUACACGUUCAUGGUGCAGUGUCAGUUGUCAAAGUUAAAGCUGACAAAGAUAAUCACGGUGCUUCCGUUCUUCCUGGUCGUAAACACUAUCCCAAAGCCUCUCCGCUACAUGGAAGAAAACAAGAACACCGACCUCUGGUUUGACCUCGCCCCCAAACAGUGUUCCCCAUUCUGGCCAGUGACUGAAUGUUUCAACAUGUAUGUGAAGUAUGAGCGCAGUAAUGUGGUAUCUCAGCAUUUCCCAUUUCGGACCUCACAUAACACAGUUCUCAGAAUGGAGAAUGGGACGGCAGUGUGUGUGAAUGUGUCAGGUGGCACCCAGAGCCCUAUAACCAUACAGUUCAGCUCGUACGAUGUCGGUGACGCACCAGUUCGUGUAGAGAACCUUUGUGAGGACGUCUUCAUCAAGGUCCACCAGAAGAACCAAAGCCAGACGACAGUGUUGUCUUCUAACCAGUGUAUCCUUUAUACCUGGGACGACCCCACGUCUGAGCGUACUCUCAUGUGGAACGUGUACGGUCGCAGUAAACUAGACUACCCUGCCGCCAUCAUGAAGGAUGGGUACGGUAAUGUGAACCUGAAGUUGAAGUCUCUAAAGGCCACAGGGACAUUUGACUAUGUAGAUGCUCCCGACGCCAACACUGACAGUAGUCCAGAAGAUGAGUCAGAUGAGACAGACGGGCUGGUGGGUAGCCUCGAUACCUCGCUGAUCGGGAAAACUCGGAGCGACAAACUCGUUAUAUACUGGGUAUCAUACCUGGACAACAAGCAGAGAGUGCUUCUCUUUACUCAGGAUGAAAGGGUCGCUAAAGGGGCCAGACAGGCCCACGUACAGGGGAUUGAUAUUCCACAUGAGCGCGGGGUGUCCCAGAUGAACGAGGCAGAGCAGGCAAACCUGGUAGUAUUUAUCUCCCUUGAUGGGGUGUGUGUGUCAGUCAUCAACAAGGCAUACGAGGAGGUUGCACUGUUGAGUAUUUCAUCACCCCCGGCGACCUGGGAGGUGGAAGUGAACAGAUGGAAAAUGUUGAACGUGGAGCUUCAGACUUGGCUGGAGGACCAGUGGAGGAACCAGCAGCAACAUGCCAGCCUACAGGAACAGUUUGAGGCUGACCUUGUCAAGAUGCAGAUGUUGAAGCCAUACAUGGGGGCUCUGAGGCGGAGCUACAGCCCAGGCCUGUGGUUUAACUUCCGCCGGUCCCAGCACCAUGUCUCCCUCCAUGCCCGUGUUCAGAGGAUCCAGUUGGACAACCAGUUACCUGAUGCGUACUUCCCCACGGUUCUCCACCCAUGCCCCAUCCCCGUGUAUGUGCUGAAGAAAAAGGGACAGAAACCCUUUAUAGAGUUUGGGAUGAUGAGACGCACCGUGCCAGAAAACAAUGUGGACACAUUCAGGUAUGUGAAGUGUUUGGUCCAGGAGUUCAACUUCAAGGUCGACAAGGGAUUCAUCCUCUCUCUGUACGACGUAUUUGCUCUCAUGGUCGCUGACUACACAUCAGAGAGUGUCCAGCUGCAGUCUGACCUGAUGUUUACCCAGAAGUCUCUACAGGAAGUUGCUGCUGUCAUGAUCCAUAGCAACCAGGACAAGAUGUUCUUUGAAUACCUCAGACUCUCUCCAAUGAAGAUGCACAUCAGUUUUUCCCUGAACGGCACACCCCACAUGUCCCAGGAGAAUCAGCCCACAAUCGUCUCCGAUAUUAUUGAUUUUCUGCUUGGUUCUGUCGGGGCAACCUUCACAGAGAUGAAGGACGUUGAACUCAAGAUGGCGUUUUUCGAGGUAAAGGGUCAGUCUCUGUCGUCGGGCCAGCUGAUGACCCAGGUGAAGUCCCACUACACCCAUCAGUUCAUACAACAGGCUUAUGUGCUCAUACUGGGGCUUGACGUCCUAGGGAACCCAUAUGGUCUCAUCAAGGACUUCACCCAGGGAUUUGGGGACCUCUUCUACGAACCAUUCCUGGACUCUGUGCAGGGUUCCGAUGAGCUGUCAGAGAGCCUGGUGCGCGGUGUACACAGUAUGCUUGGAAACACUGUCGGCGGGGCUGCUGGAUCAGUAGCCCGUAUAACAGGGUCAGUGGGUAGUGCCUUGGCAGCUCUCUCCCUCGACAAGAACUACAAAAUGAAGCGGCGUGCUGUAAUGCAGCAGAGGCCGUCCAACCUGCCCCUGAGUCUAGCCCUUGCAGGGCGAGGCUUUGUCAUGGGGGUGUGUCUGGGACUGUCAGGGGUCAUCCUUGACCCAAUACGAGGAGCCCAGGAGGAAGGUGUUGAGGGUUUUUUCAAGGGUAUAGGCAAAGGGAUUAUGGGGCUGCUGACCAAGCCCACUGGCGGGGUGUUUGAUAUGGUCAGCAUGGCCUUCGAUGGCAUGCAGAGAGCUGCGGAAUUGGAAGGAGCUGUCGUCCACCGGAUGAGAAAGCCAAGAUUCAUCAACAUGUACCUGGGUCUGCGGCCAUACUCUGGUCACCAGGCAGUAGGGGCCAACCUGCUGUUGACAGUGAAUAAGGGUCAGUUUGCCAAAACUGACACAUACUGGGCCCACGCCCAGCUCAGCCCUGGGGAUAGGGCAGACGUCCUCCUUAUCACAACCAGGCACAUUGUGUUGCUAGGGAAGCACCGUUGCUGGGGCGGCUGGGAUGUUGAGUGGGAAGUGAAACUGGAGAGUAUCCUUGGUGUUCCCGCGGUAACCAGCAACAAACUUAUAUUCAAAGUCAAACAGGAUGAGAACAGCAUGAACGUGUUUGCGGGUGGGGAGCAAGAAAUCUCAUGUGAUGAUCCAGAUCUGUUGCUAUGGUUACAACAUAGAAUAGAGAAUCUUAUCAAAUACAGACAGAGGUGAAAAAGACAGCUUUUAAUCAGUAUAAAAGAAUGACAUUUCCAGUUAAUUCUGAGCCAGUAUGUUUACUUUUAUAUAUAGUAGAAAUGACACAACACUCCAGUCAUGUGAUAUGUUUACAAGUGGGACCAGAUAUACAUAUGUUCAUGUAAAAUGGUAUUUAUAUAAUAGCAUUAUUCUUUAUCUACAUGUUUUUAAAUAAAAUCCAUAAUGCCAUAUCAUGCUUACAGUAUGUAAAGUUGUAAUUGGAGUUAUUGUUAUUGUGAUUUACAAUGUAAAUGUCUAUGUAUCGUUCUUUCUUAAAUGUUAUAUCAUGUUACUGUGCAAUAUGAAAUAUGUCAGUGUAAUAUCUAUAGCAUUGUUUCACUGUAGUGAAACUCGAUAUCUAUGCUAAGAAAAAUGCAAGACUGUCGGUCUCUGUUGUAGACUUAGGGUACAAAUGAUAUUAAUAUGCCAAACCAACAUGAUAUAAAUAUUCUUAAAUGUUAAACCAGUGGAGUGAUGGACUAGUCAUAUGAAAACACUGGACAUACACAUGCACAUGGACUUGAAUUCAAUAUAUUCUUUUGUAAACACAGUAGAUAAGUAGGUGUUUAUCAAGGGGGUCGUAAUCCGAUUUAUCAUCAGGUCAAUUGACCUUAGGAGCUUGUACUUUAUUAUGUUGUUGUUUUUUUAUUUUUCUACAAGUUCAUUACAUAACAUCCUUUCUAAGCACAAUUGCAGAAAAAUAUAAAGAUUUUCCAAUUGGUCCAAUUUUAUUUCACAUUUUUGUCCUUCAUGAAACAAUCUGUCAGGGUGAUGUUUUUUAUAACAAUCUUGUGAAACAGAAAUUAUAGAAUAUUCCUGUUUUCCAGGGUAAACAUUUAUUAGAAUUCUACUUAAAAUAUCAUCAGUCACAAGGUUCAUGACUGCAUGGUAUGAUACGAAUUAUCUGAACAUGUUAAUACUUAAUGUUGUGCAAGGAUCGUUUUGAUUGCACUUAAAGAGUUUUGAGGAAUGGCUGUACACUGAAUUUGUAACUUAAAGUUAAGUUUAUCGAUUGUAAUAAAUUUUGUCACAAGGUAUGCUAAAUAAAUGUUGCACCUAAAUAAGGCUUAUUACGGUUUGACAACCCUGAUAAAUAUAAAUAUGAUUGGCUCAUACCUUGGCUGACAUUAUCUUUUAUGCUAAUGCAGGCAAUAAGCUGCAAUAUUUAUACAAUAAAUGUGAAAGAAAAAUGGUAUUUAGAGUGAAUUGACGGCUUUGAAAAUUCAUCAUUAAACUGAAAUGAUGUGUCUGUCUGUAAGUUGUCUUGUAAGUUCUUGUGGAGUUACUUUUCAAAUUUACAUAAUUCUGUUACUAGUAUAUAAAUGAAUUGUACAUUACUGUUAAUAUUUGUUGAAUUAUAAUGUAAUUAUGUUGUCCAUUACAUAUUUUUCAAAUAAUUAAAUAUGCUUUCUUGUUCAUUGUUUGAUUAAAUUUGCUUUGUAUUCCACUGUAUAUAAUGUGCUUUGAUAAAACUAGCACAUGAUAUGUUGAUAAAAAGAGUGGUUUAUUUUCGUUUUGCCCGUUAUCAACAACUAAUAAACAUGCCAUUACUGGAAAUAGUGGCCACAAAUAUAAGUAUAAACACUAAGUCAUGUUAACAGUCAGGCCUUUCAGUGGCAGUUUCGUUAUUAUUUUUCAAAGAGUGCUCGCUUACCGUUUGUUUAACAUUUGAAUCAGUCUGUGUAAUUUUAUGUUACUUCCAGUACUUUUUUCCAUUUUACUGUGAUAUAAUACUGCAUUAUGUUUUUCCUAAACAUUUCUUAUACAUUUCAUUUGUUUAGUUAUACGCUACGUUUUGUCUUCUUUUUGUAUUUGUUAAUUAUUGUCAUAUUUAAAUGAAUAUUAAAUAAAGCUAAGCUGUAAGCGUU